UCAGUUAUUUUAUUAUUUCGUCGUCUUCAUUAAAUGAUAAUGAAACGAUAGAUCGACACAGAAUCUGAUGUCAGGGGAGGAGCAGCUGUCACAAUAAGCUUGUCCAGUUGUCUAGUUUGUGAUGCAUUAUGGUUGUGUACGGUGUUUACAUCGUAUCGAAGUCUGGUGGUCUGAUAUUUAAUCAUGAUCAUAAUGUACCAAAAAUUGAGACAGAAAAAACGUUCAGUUAUCCCUUGGAUAUUAAGCUUAUACAUGAAAAUAAAAAGAUAGUAGUUGUUUUUGGUCAGAGGGAUGGUAUAAUGGUUGGACAUGUCUUAAUCUCAGUGAAUGGGAUACCAGUCACAGGAAGACAACUGGAUGAUGGUAGAGAUGUAUUUGAGGUUUUAGAAAAUGAAGAGAAUUUUCCUCUUAACUUGAGAUUUGGAAGAUCUAAAAUGACAACCAAUGAAAAAAUUUUCUUGGCCAGCAUGUUCUAUCCACUCUUUGCAAUUGCAAGUCAGUUAAGUCCGGAGCCAAGAAGUUCUGGAAUUGAAGUACUGGAAGCAGAUACCUUUAAACUCCAUUGCUUUCAGACACUCACAGGAGUAAAAUUCAUGGUGGUAGCAGAACCUCAACAACAAGGGAUGGAGGUCCUGUUAAAGAAAAUUUAUGAAUUGUAUUCAGACUAUGCACUGAAAAACCCAUUUUACUCAUUAGAGAUGCCAAUAAGAUGUGAACUAUUUGAUACUCAUCUCCAAAGUUUACUUGAUACUAUAGAAAAACAAGGAGUAAGUAAUGUGUAGUUGGUAAUACAGGAAGGAACAUUUGAAAAAUUGUUUGUUUGUUUGUAUUAUAAAUAUAAAGCUUACAAGAAAUCUGUGA